UGGUAGAAGAAGAAGGACGAACAACUGUCGAAGUCGAAACGCGGCAUUCAUUCUGUUCUGAGAAACUACACCUGAUUUAAAGCCAGAAUUUCGCAAGCUACCCCAGUCUUCUUGUUGGGCUCCAUUCAAUGUCGGCUGAUCAAGGGUUGUCCGAUGGAAAAGACUCUUCAUCGAUACGCGACCAAACCGGACUAAAGCAUUCGAAACUCCUCCCAACGAAACAACAUGCAGCUACCAAUCUUGCUUUCAGUCGGCCGCAGUCGCCAAGUGGCCGCACUAGAACCAAUAGAAUCAACUCCAUAAAGUCCCUACUUAUAAUCGGCGCUGUCGCUUUGGUCAUCGUUGUCGCUGUCGUGAUCUGGUGGUUCGUACGUCGAGGGCGUGCAGCCAAGAGAACCGGCAUCACUUACUGCGAAACGAACGCUUGCAAAGACUACGAGGUCAUGCUGCUAGGUUCAAUGGACAAGACCAUCAGUCCCUGCGACAACUUCUACAGACACGUCUGCGAGAACUGGAACAAGCAGCAAUCACGCUCCGUCUACAGUGCACACCUGGAUCGCUUUCUCAUGGAGCUCGAGGCGACGCUGACCGACGCCGUCGUUCCCAUCAAGGGCCAAACAGCCGCAGAAAAAGCGGCUCGUUUCUUCGAGUCCUGCCAGGACGCCGUGAACAGCGAGACGGGAGAGUUGGAAAACUUCAGACGAGUGAUGACUCAGUCCGGUAUUGAGUGGCCCAGACUUUCGAAGAAUCCUGACGUCAUCAGAUCGUUAAUUCACUUGCAUGAGCUCUUGGGCCUCGACAAUGUGAUCACUGUCCGUAUGGUAAACAACUUCGGGAGACCAGCGCUUAGUGUGAGCUUCGGAAGAGCCGUUCAAGAACUCAGUGCGAGACGCAGACUGAUCGAAACAUACGGGAUGUACAAGAACUACUACGAGGCCUUUCAACAUUUAACCAUGUUGCCCACUACAACCGUUAGCGAUAUCGUCGAGUUUGCUAAGUUUGAAGCUUGUGAACGUAGAAUAUACGAUGCACUGCUUGCUACGAUGCAAUUAGACACAAUAAGAUCCGUACUCUUGGCCAACCUGUCCGAGUUUGCGAGGCUGACCCCGGAAAUUCCCUACGAACGCUGGUUGAGAGUCGCUGCAUCUGAACUGGGAGCGACCGAAGAUACCCCAGUAAUUAUCGGCCAAGAAGACUACGGGUACGUCAGGACGCUCAGCGGACUUCUCGCAGAUGUGGGCGAGAAGUACCUCCAUUACCAGAUUGGUUGGAUGUUUAUUCAGGGUAUCGCUCCGUACAUCAACCACCAUUUUUCAAAGACGUAUAACGGCAUAGGAACUCCAGAGUUCUAUGUGGCACGUCAGCGCGAGCACUGCGUUCGGCUCACGGAACGCACAAUGGGAUGGGCAGUGUACUCAAAAUACGUGACGCAGAAAAUGGCUGAAGGAGCUGAUCGUGACAUUGAAGAGAUCAUCAACAGCAUGGGCACUGUCGCAGUUUCCAAAAUGAAGCCGAUUCAGUCAGUUAAGGAAGACGCAACACCAGCCAUGUUGGGUAAUCUUCACCUCAUGAUGAGAUACGCGAACGCGUUUCGAGAACCGAAGGCUCUUGACGAGAUCUUUGCCAACAUCAGCGACAUGAGUUCCGUUCUGUCUUCCAACUGGCUGCGAGUUCUCCACGACGUCAGGUUCACGAAUGAAUCGCUCUGGAAUUCACGAAGCGUUUCGUUCGACCUCCAAGUUAUUUAUGCACCCACGUACACCUUUUAUAAUCCAGAAGCAGGGCAGUUCCUUGUACCACCGAUCGCGCUGUCUUUGCCCAUGUACGACUUCAGCAUCCUAAUGCCGGUCAAAUACGGUGGUAUGGGGAUGAGGAUCGGGGCCGCGUCUCAGGACCUGCUCAACUUCAUGCAGCAGGCGGCUAACUCUUCCUUGCCCUGCGUACUUGGAACGGCGGCUCCUUCUGCGUACGAUAGCCUCAUGUUUGGCAAUGCGGUAUCGCUGCAACUGGCUUGGGAGGCGUACAAAAACGCCUCAAAGGAAGCACCUGAUCAGCGGCUGCGACAGUUUCCGAAGCUGAACGCGCGUCAGCUAUUUUUCAUUUCGACGUGUUACACGCUAUGCGGUGAACAGGCGCCAGCCAUACCUGCUCGCCGGUGCAACGAGCCUCUCAGACAUCAUCCGCAUUUUGCUAAGGCGUUUUCUUGUCCUCGGGGAACUUUUAUGAACCCGAAGGAGAAGUGCAAUCUGUUUCCUGCCACCAAUUGAAGUGGCUUCCUUCUGGUAGAAAUUAAUGCUAAUCAAAUACUGGUGUUUCUAAACUGAUCUGUAACUAUUUUUUCGCUUGACCCGGUACACCUAGUAGUUCUCCCGAUUUGUCACAGCGCAUAAUAUGCAAACCUUCAUUAUUGUAACUUAGUGUGCGUGUAGUAAUGUAUUAUGGCUGAAGUAUCACGAAUCCUAAAAAAAUAAGCGCGCAAUUGUUCGGAUCUUCCGGAUUUAUACGAUUUAUAUUAAAACUCAAAUGAUUAUUCGUGCAGAGGAUUUGAUAAAAU